UUGAUUUUCUGGGCUGGAAGGUGCCAGAAUUGUUUGGAACGGGAGAAAACGUGCAUUUAAGUCGUGUUUUAUGUGAUCAAGGGGGCGAAAGUAAUGGGUUCUCACAAAAAAAGAAGAAAGCCGUCCACUAGUUCCGACUCUGAAACUAGUAGCGACGAGGACAGCUCCCCGAAGCGCAGAAAAAGGAGCCGCUCUUCUAAAGACAAAAAGAAAUUAAAAAAAAGAAAGCACGUGUCGUCGUCGUCUGACACUUCCACCGACACCUCUUCGUCCUCAUCCGACGAAAAAAAGAAGUCGAAAAAGAAAAAACAGAAACAAAAAAGCAAAGCCAAGAAGACCGGUGAAGCCAGUUCUGAUAUCCCGUUGGAUUUAAUGACAAAGUCGAAAGCCAUGGCCCCCCUGACCAAAGAAGAGUGGGAAAAGCGCCAGAGCGUCGUGCGUCGGGUGUACGACGAGGCCACCGGACGACACCGACUGAUCAAGGGUGAUGGGGAAGUAAUCGAGGAAGUCGUGAGUCGCGACAGACACAAAGCCAUCAAUCAGCAAGCGACACGUGGCGAUGGCGACUUCUUCCAGGCACAAAUGGCGGGACAUUUAAAAAAAUAAUCAACAUGUUAUAAAUAUAUAAUGAGAAUAAAUCAGUACAGUUGUAUAAAAUAUGAAGUAGAACCGUCUCUCCAUGAUGGGUCAUCUACGAUUUUCGCGCGACAUAGAGGACACGUCUGCUCUCGGUCAAACCAUGUGGUGACGCAAUUCUCGCAGAAGAUGUGUCUGCAUUGGAGGAGAACAGGGGAGUCGUACUCGUCGUGGCAAAUGGGGCAGUGGUCUCCUGCGGUCUGGAUUUGCUCCUUGCUGGGCGAAGAACCCACCGUCUAAAAUUGUACAUGGGGCGGUUCACCAUCUUGUUUGAAUUGAGUUAAAUACUUAAUAUAUUAUGUUUAAAUUUAUCUUCAAUAAAAAUGUUUGUUCAG